UCGACCUCGGGUCAGCUCCACUGUUUUACCCUACACUAGGUCACAGACAAGACGACCUUCGACUUGACGGAAGUUGGUCCGCACUCGGAGAUAAAUAAGUGGCCGACCGUGGUUCCACAUACGGCGCAUUGGCACCUUCGAAGGAGCGGGAUGGGGACUUUUGCGAGCACAUACAUAAUCACCUAAUCCAGCUACUAUUUCCUCCUGCACCCUACGACUGGACCCCGACCUUUUUUUGAUCAUUAUUAAUACUCGGCGCUUCAUUCUGCCUUAUUCCCAUCCUUACCAGGGGUCUCUCGUCUGGAUAUCUUUUCAUCUACCUGGCGUGUUACCAAUCCAAAGGAACGGGACUUAGACGCCCCCCCACCACCACCAAACUACCUGGCUUACAUAUCCUCCACUCCCCCAAACUCGUCACACCUUUCUUUUCUUUCACCUCCUCCCUCCUCCAACGUCUCCAAACACAUUACAACAUGGAAGGUUUACCUACGCCCCCCAAUGAGGAGCACCUCAAGACUAGCGGUUCCAGGAGAAGUAAUGGAAGCUCAAAAUCCGUUAAGACCGUGCACCGAGCUCCCAAGCGAGCCGGCGCACAUGCCCACCCCCAGUCGCCAGUGCAAGACAGCCAGUCACAACAUUCUUCGACAGACGGACGGCAUAAGAGGGUAUGGAAGGCAUGCGAGCGGUGUAGAAUGAAGAAAACAAAGUGUGAUGGAGAGUUCCCAUGCAAGAGGUGUAAAGACGACGGCCUCGUCUGCACCGCCGGUACGCGUAAAAAGACAGAAUACAAGCAAUUGCCUAGAGGUUAUGCCGAGGUUUUGGAGAACACCCAGUUUGCCCUCAUAGCUACGGUCCAUAAGCUGUACGCCAUGGUGCGAAAUUCGCAGCAGUGGGACCUGGGCGAACCCGAGUUGAACGAACGAGGCCAGCCCGUCAUUCACAAUAUUGCGUCCAAGCUCGGGUGCAUAAGACCGAAUAGCGAUAUGGACCUCCCCGUCCAUUCAGUCUUCCCAGAGGACGAGGCCGGCCUCGCAGAAUUGGCGCGACAGCUGGAAGAGCAACAGAGGGACCGGGACCAGUUGCAUAUCAAGCAGGAGAGCGAGUCGGUUUGCAACCGGACAGACCGCGCAAGCUCGUCAGAACUCGAGCACUCGGAUUUCGAGCAGGAUUACCGCAAGUCCGUCUUUACUGGCAAUACGGUUACCAUGUCGCCGCAAAGCCUUUCAUAUAACGAAUUCGACGUCAAUUCGGUACCUCCAGAGAGCUUCCCGGGCCAGUCACCCACAGUUCCCACAGCAUAUACGCCGUCGUGGACGAGCAGACCGACGUCAAUGGAUUUCGGCCCUCGAUUCAUCCCGGCCGGCCCGUAUAUGGGCGUGGACAUGUUGAAUCAGGGGCUGCUCGAGUCAAAUUUCGGCACCAUCAAGCCGCAUAUGCUUUCAUGUCCCAACCCCGAAGUCAUGAUGGGCAUGGGAGAUCCCAUGAUAUAUUCAGGCUACGAUCCAGAGGCAAUGCGUCUGUAGCCAGGCCGUCGGCCACCUCAGUAUGAUAGAGUGGUGUACAUAAAGGGGUGACCGGCAGG